AUGAAAGAAGAAGGAGAUGGUGAUGGGAACAAAGUGAGGGAGAUGGUGAAGAAGAUUGAACAGGGAAUUGGGAAGAAGAGAGAGGAUGAAAAGAGGGUGGAGCCAGGCAGGAAGAGGGUGAGUGACCUAUCAAGGAUGCUUUCUAGGCAUAUUACGGCAUCUCACAUCUUGAAUGCCAAAUACGCAGAACAGAAGAUCGAAAUAAAGCUGGAACUAAAGAGAAUGGAGGAGAAGGAGGAGACGUACAUGGAAGAAAGGUCGAUUAAAGUUGCAGAAGAAAUGAAGUGCUCUAGUGAGAGUGACAACGAGACGUAUGACCUGGAUGAGUACGACAGCUCCUAG